UGUGGCAAACGGCUCGAUAGGACUACAACUCCCAGCAUAGCUGGGUGUCGGGUGGGUCUCUAUCUGUGCUUAUGGAUUUUCUUGAGGAUCAGUUCCAGUCAGGGAGAGAUGGCGGCACUUGGAAACUGGAGGAAACAUCUUCAGGAGAUUUCGACUUCGGUCUUGAAUACAUCGACAAAGCUCAGUUCAUGGUCAUGGGACGUAAAGAAAAGUUCGGAUCUGCUUUGUGGGAUGGGAGUGACCCCGAUGGAGAAAGAUCCGCAGGACACAGAAAACACCCCUCAGGACCAAAUCAUGCAGAUGACUCCUCCACAAAAGAGACAGAGACAGAAGGAAAGAGACGACUGCUUCUUCAUUGCCAGACGUCCCAGGACAUCGAGGUUACCUCAGCCAGUGAUAUCCUGGGAUUCGCUCCCCGAUGAGCUACUUUUAGGCAUUUUUUCCUACCUACAUGUAACCGACCUCCUGAGAGCGUCCCGAGUGUGCAAGAGAUGGAACAGACUUUCGUGCGAUGAAUCCUUAUGGCACAGUCUGGAUCUCACUGGCAAACAUCUGGCAAAUGGAGUUAUUGGAAAUCUGCUAUCUUUGGGUGUUGUUGUCCUGCGCUGUCCAAGGUCAUGUGUUGGGGAAUCGCUGUUCAAACAAGUCAGACCCCUACGUCUCCAGCACGCUGACCUCUCUAACUGUACAGUAAGCCCAGACACACUGCUGAGCAUCAUCUCCCGCUGCCACGACCUGCACAACCUGAGUCUGGAAGGGCUGGAGCUUUCUGAUACCAUCAUGUGGGCCAUUGCUCAGAAUUCAGAUCUGAAACGCUUAAACCUUUGUGGCUGCUCAGGCUUUUCUCCAGAAUCUCUCACACAGAUGUUAAAAAGCUGCACCAGCCUGGAGGAGCUGAACUUGUCCUGGUGUGAUUUCACUGCAGACCACGUGAAGAGCGCGGUGGAGAACUUCUCUGCAGGUUUAACACAGUUGAAUUUCAGUGGAUACCGACAGAACCUGGAGAUAGCUGAUGUGGAGAUGUUACUCCAGAGGUGUCUAUAUCUUAUCAACCUAGAUUUAAGUGAUAGCGUGCUGCUCACUGCCGACUGCUUCCAGGCUCUUCAUCAGCUCCGGCUCCAACACCUCGGCCUCAGUCGCUGCUAUCAGAUCAGUCCUGCAGCUUUACUUGAUCUGGGAAAACUGCCAGACCUGAAGAACCUCAACGUAUUUGGCAUUGUGACGGACAGUUCUUUACAAGUGUUGAAGGAGUCGCUCCCACAUAUAAAGAUCAAUGGCUCUAUGUUCAGCACCAUCGCCAGGCCCACCACAGGCAGCAAGAGGAAUCGGGACAUAUGGGGCAUCAAGUGCAAGUUGUCUCUGAAUCGCACAGACUCUUGAAAGAGAGAGAGCGCGCGCGCGCGAAAGAGAGAGAGCGCGCGCGCCCGCCACGCUGGAAAUCCUCAAACUUGAAAUCUUCUAAGACCACAAGCAACUGGCUGCGAUGUAGCAUUCUAUCUAUUGAUAGUAGUAUUUAUGAUGGAGAGGACAUGGUCAUUAUCUCUUACACUGCCAGAUGCCUGUGUGACCUCUGACCUGUACAGCUGUGAUUUUUUUUUUUUUUUAAAUAGGGGAGGGGAAGCAGCAUCAGGAACCUCAGUAAGGCUAGGUUCACACUGUGUUUACCAGAGGCAUUGGGAACCCUUUCAAAAAAUAGUCCUCGACAUUGAUCUACAUCACUAUACUCCUUGCUGUAUGGAUUAAUGGUGAGAUCACAGAUGCCGUUUGAACAUUAAAGGGGUACUCCGCUGCAGGACAUCUGAUCCCCUAUCCAAAGGAUAGGGGAUAAGAUGUCUGAUCACUAGGGUCCUGCUGCUGCACCAAUUGUUUUAAACAAAUGCUGGGUUCCUGCACCAGUCGCACCACGCCCCCUCCAUUCAUGUCUAUGGGAGGGGGCGUGUCUGUCGACACGCCCCCUCCCAUAGACAUGAAUGGAGGGGGCGUGGUGUGGUUGUCUGUCUCGGCCUGUAAAGAAAAUAGAAAAAAAGGGUACCUGUAAAGAAAAAGUUUGAAAUGUCAAGUUUUGCAUGGUCUGGUUGGAACGUUCAGAUCCCGACUGAUGACAAAUGAGCGGCGCGUUUGGAUCCAGCGAGUACGAGAAGGUUACCACCAGACACCUCAGCAGCUGCGCGACGCCUCUGUUCUCCCGACAUCCGCUGUUGUCGGCAGUUCCCUCCACAUGAACCAGAGGCCAACAUUUGCAGGUAUUUUAAAUGGACUGAAGUCAGUUUGUUAGGUAGGUAACUGUUCACACGGUCUCAGCACGUAUAUAUGACUUUCUGCAGUUAUAUAGGAGCUGAUGGGCCCCUCCUUCGGGGUCCUAGUUACUGUAAACUAGAUUUUAGGCUGUAAGGAACACGACACUUUCUUUUACUGUGUUAUUUGCGUUCGGCACAGGAAAGUUUGCUCACAGGGUGCACGCUGAGUUUUCUGCCACAAGAAUCAAACUGUUGUUUAACUCGUAUUUUAUGUUUUGCAGCACUGCCACCAUAUUCCAGUCCUUGAUGUCACUGGUAUAUACUACAGGGUGGGCCAUUUCUAUGGAUACACCUUAAUAAAAUGGGAAUGGUUGGUGACAUUAACUUCCUGUUUGUGGCACAUUAGUAUAUGUGAGGGGGGAAACUUUUCAAGAUGG